AUGAACCCGCCGCCGCCGCCGCUGCUGCCAAAACUCUUCCUCUUGCUCCUUCAAGCGGCGGCGCUUCUCUUGUCAUGGACCGCGACAGCUCAACCGGCUGCCCGCUGCCCGGACUGCGGAUCUAUUCCCGUCCCUUAUCCGCUCAGCACGAGCCCUAAUUGCGGGGACCCUUUCUACACAAUCCGGUGCGACGCCGGCGCGCUGGUGUUCGAUUCCGUGAACUUCUCGUAUCCAAUCAUCUCCGUCAGCCCUUCCAAUCAACGAUUCGUAAUCCGGACGGCGGGAUUAGCCCCCAAUACCUGCGUCGCAUCUGAUUUAGUCAAUCAGGGCCUCCAGCUCAACACCUCCCUCCCUUUCAACAUCACCGGCAGCAACACAAUUAUGUACCUGAACUGCUCCGCGGCGGUGCUGACGUCUCCACUCAAUUGCUCCAGGGCCGGCCUCUGCCACGUGUACGCCAACGGCACGGCGUCUUACUCGUCGUGCCGCGACGCUCCGGUGUGCUGCACUUUCACAGCGGGCGGGUCGACGACGGCUUACAUGAUCCGGGUUCGGGAGUCGGGUUGCAGGGCCUACGCCAGUUUCGUGAACUUGGAUCCGGGUUUGCCCGUUGAUCGGUGGCCCGACCCGGGUGUGGAGAUCCAGUGGGCUCUUCCUAGGGAACCGCUGUGUGGGUCUCAGGUGGACUGCAAUGCAGACUCGAAUUGUGGGCCGGACCGAAAUUCAAGUGGGCUCGCUAGAUGCUUCUGCAAGAAUGGCUUUCAGUGGGACCCAAUACAAGGAAUCUGUUCCACGAGAGCGACUUGUGAAGAUGGCGGACAUUGCGGUAGAACUAAAAGUAGAAAAGUCUCUCUAAUCGCCGGUGUGGUCGCCGGCACCGCCGCAGCCCUGGCGGCAAUUGCCUUCGCUGUCACACUCCAGAAGCGUCAGAGGCGACUGAAACAAGCUCGAGAACGCCUCGCCAGAGAACGGGAGCUACAAAUCCUGAACGCCGGCGGGAGCAGAACGGCAAAGAUAUUCAGCGGCAGGGAGAUCAAGAAAGCCACCAACAAUUUCUCCCGGGACCGUUUACUAGGCGUCGGCGGGUACGGCGAAGUGUACAAAGGCAUUCUCAACGACGGCACCACCGUCGCCGUCAAAUGCGCCAAGCUGGGGAACCCUAAAGGCACGGCCCAAAUCCUAAACGAGGUCCGCAUCCUCUGCCAAGUCAACCACAAGACCCUCGUGGGCCUAUUGGGCUGCUGCGUCCAGCUCCCCCAGCCCGUCAUGGUCUACGAGUACGUCCCAAACGGCACUCUCCUGGAUCGGUUAACGGGCCCAAAAACCGGGAAAGUCAAACCGUUGACUUGGCUACACCGCCUCCGCAUUGCUCGUGAUACAGCCGAAGGGCUGGCAUACUUGCAUUCCUCGGUGGUUCCUCCGGUCUACCACCGGGACGUAAAGUCGAGCAACAUUCUGCUCAACGAGAAGUUGAAUGCUAGGGUUUCGGAUUUCGGAUUGUCUAGGUUGGUCGAGAGCGAUCUCAGCCAUAUCUCGACGUGUGCACAGGGGACGUUGGGGUAUUUGGACCCGGAGUACUAUAGGAAUUACCAGUUGACGGAGAAGAGCGAUGUGUACAGCUUCGGGGUUGUGCUGCUGGAGAUAUUGACCGGGUUGAAGGCGAUUGAUUUCGGGAGAGGGGAGGAUAAUGUGAAUUUGGUGGUUUAUGUGCAGAGGAUGGUGCGAGAAGGAAGGUUGGUUGAGGUUUUUGAUCCUCUGAUGAUGGUGAGGAAGGGAACUAGUGAGGAUGGUAAUCAUUUGGAGGUGGAAACGAUGAAGUCCUUGGCUUUCUUGGGGUUGAGUUGUUUGGAGGAGAAGAGGCAGAAUCGGCCAUCGAUGAAGGAAGUGACGGAGGAAAUUGAGUACAUUAUUAGUGUUGCCAUGGGUAGUUCUGAUCCACAAUUGUAGGUUGUGUUUUGUUAUAUUAAAGUCUUGUGAGUUCUCUAUGUAAAGAUUUUAAGAGGCGGGUAUGGAUUUGUCCAAGUUUCGAUCCAUUUCCAUAUGCUCAGUCUAUUCAGGUAGGAUGAACACUACCCGAUAUACAAACAAUAAAAGUUAGUGUUUGG